AUGGUCAACCUUGACCCUAGUAGCAGCACAUUAUCACCACUUCCAACAGACCAUCGCGUCGGUCUUUCGGCAGUAGCAACUCUCGGCAUCGUUUCUUUCAUUGCGACGUUCGCCCAGUUUGUGCAUAUCACGUGGAAGAUAAUACGAUGGAAUGUCAAAUCGUGGCGGCGGUCAAAAGGCAAGCCAGCACAGGCCGGCAUUGAUCUGUCUCUAGGACUGUCCCAGAGACAUUAUGAACAGACAAAAGGGAUAUCUUCAGCAGACAAGCCAUCCCCACCGACGCCGAUCGAUCGAGGUCGAACCACAUCCCUCAACCAGUUCCUCUUCUUGUUCUACAACCUCAUCAUCGCCGAGGUGCAACAGUCAGCAGCCUUCCUGCUCAACACGUCGUGGGUUUCCUUGAAUGGGAUAUUUGUCGACAAUCCAGUCUGCUGGGCUCAGGGCUGGUUCAUAUCCAACGGGGAUCUGGCAGUCAGCUGCUUCUCGACGCUCAUUUCCAUCCAGACGUACAUGUCUGUUGUUCGGCACUACCACCCAAGGCAAUGGGUAAUCUACGCAUCGGCUGCCAGCACCUGGGUCUUCGUCUACGGCCUAGCGCUGGUCGGGCUCUUGAUGACCAACAACGGGGCAGCAAAGGGUGGCUUUUUCGUAAGAGCGACUGCCUGGUGUUGGAUCAGUGACGAAUACGAGAACCAACGUUUUUGGUUGCACUACUUCUGGAUCUUCACGUCCUUGGCGAUCUCCAACACUCUCUAUUUCCUAACUUGUUUUUCGUUGUUCCGCAGUGGCGACCCUGAGAAUACUCGGGCUGAGGAUGGUGACAGCUCACUACCGCAGAGAGCAAGUUCUCUUCUUCGGGACCUUCAUAUAGGGUUUUUGGUAUAUCCAUCCAUUUACAUCAUCUGUACUGCACCCUUGGCCCUGGGUCGGAUUAUGGAAAUGUCGGGAACAGAGCCCAGCGUGGGGUUCUAUUGUUUUGCAGGAUCGAUGAUGGCGUCGACUGGAUGGAUGGACGUCAUCUGGUUCUCCUGGACUCGGAGUGCAAUCAUAUUCGCCGCGUCCCCCGAUGUACCUGAAAGCGGGCUCUCCACCUUCUCUUUCAUGAGGACUCCCCUACGACGGUACGGAAACUUUGUCUGGAUUCAGGGGGCAUCACGAAGCACCAUGUUCACAGGGGAUGGUCGCCGCACUCGACGCAGCAACAUCUCGGAUGGGAGGCACAUGACACUUAAGAGCAGCAGCCAAGAAUGCUUGAGACCGUCAAACAUGGACGACAUGGUGGUUCGAAUGGAUGUUGAAAUGAGCAUUGUCGUCGAGACCAAUAUCGAGCGCAGCUUGUCCGAUGAUGAGGGGGCCCAAGGAGCAGGAGUCACCAUGACAAGGAAGCAUGGUCCAUUCGACACUAGUACUUACUAG